CCGUCCCACAUCCCAUCUCCUGCUGGAGCUCAGACAUCAACAGACAACAUGUGUCGGAGUCUCCCCGGCCUGCUGCUGCUGCUGGCCCUGGCCUGCCUGGCCCGGUCCGGCUCAGCUCAGCCCGUCGACAGCCAGGCCGAGCUGAAGGAGGUGCAGGCCGCCCUGGAGGAGCUGAGGGCCGAGAGACGAGCCAUGAGCGAGCGUCUGGAUGCGGCCGAGCGGGAGAUGAAGAGAAUCCAAGAAACGCCCAAAAUCGCCUUCGCAGCCUCGCUGGGAGGAAAUGGCCUCGUGAAGACGACUAACGGCAACAAAGACCUCGUCUACAAGGACGUCCUGACCAACGUGGGCGGAGCUUACAACCCCGCCACAGGUGUGUUCACCGCCCCAAUUCGCGGAGUCUACUACGUCCGCUUCACCGCCAACGCUCCCACCGACUUCCCCAUGAGCGCCGUGCUCUACAAGAACGGCGCAGAGAUCCAGCUGAUCGCCCACGAGCAGACGUCCGGCGAGGGCAGCGACACGGCGUCCAACGGCGCCACCGUACUGCUGGAGCGCGGCGACACUCUCUCCAUGAAGCUGUGGCAAAACACUCAGAUCUGGGACAACAGCAACCACCACAGCACGUUCAGCGGCUUCCUGCUGUUCCCCAUGGUGGACGAACCUCCGACAGAAAACGCCGAGGUCAACCUGAAGACUCUUCAGGCUUCACUGACUCAGCUUCAGGCUGAACACUCAGAAAUCAGGGAGAAGCUGGAGGCCACAGAGAAGCAGCUGAAGGUCAUGACAGACGUACCGAAGGUGGCGUUUGCCGUUUCUCUCGGCGGUGACGGUCUUCAGAGGACGACGUCGGGAAGCAAAACACUCGUCUACAAAGACGUGCUGACCAACAUCGGACAGGCGUACAACUCGGAGACCGGUGUGUUCACGGCACCGACUCGCGGAGUCUACUACGUCCGCUUCACCGCCAACGCUCCCACCGACUUCCCCAUGAGCGCCGUGCUCUACAAGAACGGCGCAGAGAUCCAGCUGAUCGCCCACGAGCAGACGUCCGGCGAGGGCAGCGACACGGCGUCCAACGGCGCCGCCCUGCUGCUGGAGCGCGGCGACACUCUCUCCAUGAAGCUGUGGCAAAACACUCAGAUCUGGGACAACAGCAACCACCACAGUACGUUCAGCGGCUUCCUGCUGUUCCCCAUGUGAGGACCGACACCACGGAACCAGAACUCAGACGACAGCAUCUCAGGUUGGAUUGAGGUUCAAAUAAAAACAGCUCAUGAACUACUCAAA